GCCUUUGACCAGCUUUGAUCCUACCCGACCUGUUGGUGGGGCAUGGGGGAUGGGGAAUGGGAGGGAGAGAGAGAGAGAGAGACGUAAAACCAUGGCUCAGUAACUCUGUCGAAAACCUUUCAUUUUCACUUUGGGGUCCUUUCGGAGCUCAGGAAGGUUUCUCAACACAUCGCUCCUGCUCUGAGACAGAGCUCCAGCUGUGACACACAGACUUUAUCCCGUUCCUCCUCACCCUGCGACAGCCCCCCACCCCCUGAGGUAUCUCCAGUGACAGCACAUACCCACUGGCCCAUCACUGCUCGCUGUGAAGUAUAUGACCAUCCCCUGGAGAUUACAGCAUGGCCUCAGGAAGUGUGAGGUGUGUGACGCGGGGGCAGCAAGCCUGAUGUCAGUUUUCACGGAGAAGGCCUAUAUCCGUAAGGAUCCCCUGAACCUUGUGGUGGGCCGCGACCGUUACCAGGUCAACAACAUAUUUGAUGGGAAAAUGGAUGUCCGGCCGAUCCAGGAGAUCCUCAAAGAGGCCGAGGGCAGGGUCGGCGACGAGGUCAACUACAGCGUCACAUCAGCCAACUGCGAGCACUUUGUGACCGACCUCCGUUACGGUGUGGCCCGGUCUGGCCAGGUGGACGAAGUGCUGUUUGCGACGAAGGCUGCCGUGGGGGUGUUAGCGCUGGGAGCCUUCGCUGGCCUCUGUUACCAACUGGUGAAGAACAAAGACAAACAUAAGAAGUGACCGAUUCUGCGGGAGGGUCCCAAUCUCCGAGAGGGUCCGAGGCUGGCUGCAGACGCGGGUCUCGAUUUCAGGAGCAGGCCGGCUGGGUAUGGGCAGACACAUGGACAUCUACGGGGAAUCCAUCGAACUCUUAGAAACCCCCCUCUGGAAAUAAACCGUCUCUUGAACCAACCCUCAGCCAGAGGAGGGAGCGAGCGAGGUUAAACUUGAGGGUGUGGGGAGCCGGCGAGAGGCAGUGGGUUUUAUUUAUCAGCCUGAGUCCCGGAGUUGUCUGUAACCGGGCUCUGUCACUUCCCCUCACGCCUCAGAGCAGCUCGAAUACCUUGGAUCUCGUGGUUUAAUUCUACAAAUUCCAUUUUCUCUCUCUGUCUCUCUCUCUUAUCAAUAAAGGGGGCUGUGUGUUUGUCAACA